AUGGAGAAGUUUUCGGCAAAGUUCAGGCUGACCCCAUACUGGUUCGCGCUCUUUUCGUCGUUUGUCGUGGUGGUGGGGCAGUAUGUGAUGCUAGCUCUGUUCAUCAACCAAAUUUCAGUCAUCGUCACGAGCGACAAGGUCGUGUGGGGCUACAUAAAGUACGAGUAUAACCACUGGGGCGAGGACAGCACAUGGUACAUCUACCUCAUCCUCGCUGCUGUCUGCUACGCACUCUUCUCCCUUACGGUCUAG